GGAAGUGCGCGCGGGGCGGGAGCUGAGGGAGGGAGGUCACGUGACGCCGUCCCGCUCCGAUGACGUCGUCGGGCGCGCGCGCGGGGGGAGAGAAGAGAGGUCACGUGAUCGGCUGCUGCCUACGCGCGGAGGGGCCGGGUGCAGAUGGCGGACGCCGAGGCUGACGCGGCCCUGCGGCCGGAGACGCCGCGCUUGGCGGCUGCCCUCCGCUCCCGCCUCGGUCAGCUGCAGGAGGAGCUGAGCGUCAGCGCCGGGGCCCAGGCCUCCUCGGGCGCCUUCUGCCGGGAGUUCUGUCAGAUAUUGCUACAGUAUGCUGGCAAUCGGGGUGCUUCUGAGCACAUUUUGCCUUUCCUGGAAGUUUAUCGAGUUGCCAUUCAAAGCUUUGCCAGUGCCCGACCGUACUUGACUACAGAAUGUGAAGAUGUUCUUCUGGUACUUGGCAGGCUAGUGCUGAGUUGUUUUGAACUACUUCUUUCUGUGCCUGAAAGCGAAGAACAGUCUGAACCAUUGUUAAAGUUGUUUCAGUCCAUACAGGAUUCCCAUAAUGCUUUACUUGAAUUUGGAGAUAAUAGCCUUGAAAUUCUGGCUGAUAUCUGCAAGGAAGGUGUUUGGAAAAAUCCUGUUUUUGUAAAGAUUAUAUCACAGCAACGAGUAGAAGCAGAGGAAGUCAGUAAGCUAAUCAAACGAGAAGGGCCUGCCUUUCUUCAGAUGCGAAUAAAACAUUUAAUGAAGACAAAUUGCCUUCCCCAAGCUGCUUCCUUGUCUAAGCUGUGUAAAGACUCCACAGAAAUUUCAGAUACAUCACCUUUUCUGCAAGCCUACAUCACAUGCUUGUGUUCCAUGCAUCCAAAUGAAGAGUCCUUCAAAGAGAUUGCCAAGGUGGACUGCAAAGAUAUCCUCGAUAUGAUAUGUAACCUAGAAGCUGAGGGCCAAGAGAGUACUGCAUUUAUUCUUUGCACAACGUACCUCACUCAGCAGCUUCAAAGUGCAAGUGUAUACUGCUCUUGGGAACUGACUUUAUUUUGGAGCAAACUGCAAAGAAGAAUUGACCCAUCUUUAGACUCUUUUCUGGAGCGAUGUCGGCAAUUUGGCAUUAUUGCAAGAACGUUGCAGCACUUGUUCUUUCUGAUAAGAGUCAUCCAAGCUGAAGCAGAAGAAGCAGGCUUGGCUGUCUCAGUUUUAUUAUGUGUACGAGCUCUGCAGCUCAGAUCAAAUGAAAAUGAUGAUAUGAAGACCUCUGUAUGCAAAACAAUUGCAUGCCUUCUGCCAGAAGACCUUGAGGUUAGAAGAGCAUGCCAGCUCACUGAAUACUUGCUUGAGCCAACAGAAGAAGGAUACAAUCUGCUAGAAGAGCUCUACCUGCUACCAGAUCAGAAGUUUGAUGAAGAAACUGCACCCGUUCCAAACUCACUCCGUUGUGAGCUCCUGUUGGCUUUGAAAGCCUAUUGGCCAUUUGAUCCAGAAUUUUGGGACUGGAAGACUUUGAGACGACAUUGCCUCAAAUUGUUAGGAAAAGAAGUUUCUGAGUCAGAGGAUGAUCUGAGUUGUAAUGAGAUGUCAUUCAAUGAAACUGAACUGCUGGAUAGUCUCCUGAGUGAUUGUGAAGAAGGAAAGGAAGACAACAAUUUUGAAGGUCUAAAUCAGCCCAAAGAGAGAGUGAGGAUCAAAAAGCCAAUUGGCUCCUCAGAGAGAUACCAGAGAUGGCUUCAGUACAAGUUCUUCUGUGUCAUUUGCAAAAGGGAGUGCAUAGAAGCCAGAAUACUCCACCAUUCUAAGAUGCACAUGGAAGAUGGUGUUUUUACAUGUCCAGUGUGUAUUAAAAAGUUCAAGAAGAAGGAUGUUUUUGUGAGUCAUGUAAUGGAGCAUGUGAAAAUGCCUCCUAGCAGAAAAUACCGUGCAAAGAAGAAGAUGCUGAUAAAGAAAGAAAAACUGAAAAAGAGCAGUCUCUCAAGGCUUGCGUCUUCAGCAUUUGGAAAAAAUCAGCCAUUGAAAAUAAUUCCAUGUGCAAAACCCAAAAUUGAUCCACAAGACUAUGUUACAUUUAGCAAGCUAGAAAAUUGCCACCUGCAAGACAGAGACCUGUACCCAUGCCCAGGCACAGAUUGCUCCAAAGUUUUUAAGCAGUUCAAGUACUUAAGUGUUCACUUGAAAGCUGAGCACCAAAACAAUGAUGAAAAUGCAAGGCAUUACUUGGACAUGAAAAACAGGCGUGAGAAGUGUUCGUAUUGCAGGCGACAUUUCAUGUCAGCAGUCCAUCUACAGGAACAUGAGCAAGUACACAAUGGACCUCAGCCUUACAUGUGUGUAUCUGUGGGUUGCUAUGCUAGAUUUAGUUCUGUGAAUGAGCUGCUUCAUCACAAGCAGCAGCACGAUGAUCUGCGUUAUAAAUGUGAGCUCAGUGGCUGUAAUAUUGUUUUCAGUGACUUGGGACAACUCUACCACCAUGAAGCCCAGCAUUUUAGAGAUGCAUCAUACACUUGUAAUUUCCAUGGCUGUAAAAAGUUUUACUAUUCAAAAACUGAGUUUACAAAUCACCUGUCAAUGCAUAUUUCAAAUGGUGAAAUGAAAGAGGUGUCAGUUAAGCAUGAGGAUGAUGUUUCUGGGGAUAGUCUUGCCUGCCUUUCAGGUUCUGCAGUGGUUGAACAAAAAGAUCCUCCCCAUCUCCAUGAGAGUCUUAGUUUGCCUUCUGGAUCUACAAAUACAGAAGGAAUCCUGGAAAUUAAACAAGAGCCUUUAUCUGAUGGAGAGGUCGAUGGUAAAAGUAAUGGUAGUGUUGGAAGCAAUAUUGACUCCUUAGCCAAUGAGAAUGAAAUGAUCUUACUGACUGAAACAGUUGAUUGUGGCCAGGCAGAUCCUCAAGUUUUAUUACCCCAUGAGAAAGUCUUCCAUCCAUCCAAUUUAAAAGAGCGAUAUUCUAAUGUGGCUGUCUACUUUGAUGGGAAAAGAUUUACUUGUGGAUUUGAAGGCUGUGGAUCAACAUACAAAAAUUCAAAGGGUAUGCAGAAACACCUUCGAAGGGCUCAUCCAUACCAUUUCAAACCUAAAAGGAAGUAUAGCCUGAAGACUAAAGAUAUUAGUCAGUUCAAUGAAAGUCUGCAGGACUUCUCUGCUGGAGAGAUUAACUCAGAGCUCCACCAUCAUUCAGAUACAAACACUGAUUCUCCAAACAUCAUAGAUUAUAAUACAAGCUCUAAUAGCAAAAGCUAUGUAAAGGAGGAACCUUGUCCUUCUUCCCCAGAAACAUCCCUUUUUGAACAUUCUAAAGCAUCAAGUACAGAAGAUGCAAUGUUGGAGCUUCUCUUGGGCUUGAAGCAUUUAAGUUUAACGAAUUCUAGUGGUCAUCUUGGAAGUUCUUCCAGGUUUUUGCAGUCAUACUCAUCCAAGUGCCCCAAUUCUGAAGAUGAAUCUACCUCAGACCAUUUCUUUGAAGAACACAAAGGCAAACUACCAUAUCAAUAUCUUACCCAGUUGGCAGCCAAGCCAUUUUUCUGUGAGCACCAAGGUUGUACUUGCGAAUUUGUGACCAGAGAAGCGCUAUUGACACAUUAUGUUAGAAAACACAAUUAUUCAAAAGAGAUGGUGCUUCAGUUGAACAUGUUUCAGUAUCGAUAUUCACCUUUUAAAUGUCAUAUUUGCCAAAGAUCAUUUACAAGGAAAACACAUCUUAGAGUCCAUUAUAGAAACAAGCAUAAACUUGGCAAUUUGUCAGCAACUCAGAAACUGUUAGCUAAUGAAAGUUUUGAGGAUGGUGAUUGUACUGAGGAUAUGCUGAACAGCAGCGUGGCAUCAAUGUCAUCUUUCUAUGCCAAUACAGAGGAAGAACUUGAUGACCAAGUUAAGUUUACUGGUGAACAGCCAUGUCAUCUUAAGAAAGAAGAGCUCAGUUCUGAAACAGAUUUGGAAUCUAGUGAAGAAGCAGAGAGUUGUGUAACUGGGAAACAGACAAAACUCUCUGCAUUGGAAAGCCACCGAAAAGGACUAGAAGCACAAGAGGGGAGGGGAAGUAAAAGAACAGUUGCCAAAGGAAAUCUAUGUUACAUUUUGCAUAAAUACCACAAGCCAUUCCACUGUAUUCAUAAAAAUUGCAGUUCUGCAUUUACUAACCAGAAAGGUUUGAUUCGUCACUACAGAUCUGUACAUCAGUAUAACAAAGAACAGCUCUGUUUAGAAAAGGACAAAGCAAGAACAAAGAGGGAACUUGCCAAAUGUAAAAAAAUAUUUGUUUGUAAAGAUAAGGCAUGCAGCAAGCGGUUCUUGUGUCCUAAAUCACUUGCUAAACACUGCAGUGAUUUUCACGCACUUGACCAUGAAGAAGAUUCAAAAGUGCUUUCUGAAUCUGAAUCAGUAAGAUUCCCCUGUCAUCACCCUCACUGCCCUGCUGCAUUUUAUUCCUUUCACAAAUUAAAGCAUCACCUGAUGGAAGAACAUGCUAAGGAUGAAGACAUAAAUAAAGAAAUUGAAAUCCAUUGUGAUCUUAAUGGGUGUAACAGAGUUUUCACAACUUACAGCCGUUAUUCUCAGCAUGUAUAUUUUCGGCACAGCGAUUAUGAAGGAGUCAUGGGAGGUGCCAAAGAAAAAGGGAAUCGCCUUCAAAAUGAACACGAACGAAGCUGCUUGAAAGAUCGAUGUCUCAGGCAUGAUAUGAGUGAGAAAAGGAGACAGAUGAAUGAGAAGAUUGAGAAGAACAAUAAUAAAAAUAAAGAAAAGCUAUUGUAUGAUUUCAAAACAAGAGCAGAGGCCCUACAGAUGUGCAGAGACAACUGCAACCAAACACAGUAUCCAUGCAUGAUUAAAGGGUGUCCCUCAGUAGUAAAACUGGAAAGCAGUAUUGUAAGACAUUAUAAGCGUACCCAUCAAAUGGCCAGUGUUUAUAUAGAACAGCAGUAUGAAGAUCUUGUACUUUUUGUUGAAUGUGGUACUGUGAUAAACGAUGCUUGUUUAGAAGAGCGUCAGGGUUCAAGUAAAGAAGCAAAUUGUAACUUUAAACAGGAUGUGAUACUGCGCUCUGCAUAUCAGCAUGGAAGGGAAGAGCUUCUUGGCCAGGCAGAUUUUCAUCAUGAAAAUGAAAGCAGUAAAAAUAGAUGUUCUGGGAAUGACAAGACCAAUGAGACUGGUGUCUUCUUGUGUACAGGCACUUUAAAACAUAUCCACAAUCCCAAAACCAGAUGUUUUGAAGGACGUAGUUUAGCAGAUUCAGCUCAGCAGUGUAAAACAGAUGGAGAAUUUCCUGGACGGUGCCAAGACAGAAAGAGCGAUGGAAAAGAGAAUAACUCAUCCUGCACAAGAUCAGAUACACAGUUAUCGAGGGAGAAAGAUAGUAGUGGCUGGCAGAAUAAGUCUUUGCAGCCAAAUGCUAGGAAGCUUCCCUCAUUUGCUCCAAAAGACAAACUGGAGAAGCAGCCGGCACCUAAGCCCUUUGAUAUAAAGUCCUUCAAACCAAUGGGUUUUGAGUCUUCAUUUUUGAAGUUCCUUCAAGAAAGUGAGGCACGAGGAGAUGAUGACGACGACGACGAUGACGAUGAUGACUCUGGGCAUGAGUGGGAGCCAACUGAACAAUCUGAAAGUAGUGGCAUGGUAGAACAAAAUAAAGACACAAAAAAGGAUAUGCCACAGAGCACGGCUAAAUGUGAACAUGUCCCAGCAGCAGCAACAACAACCAUGUCAAAGAAGAACAGUGGCCCCAAAGCUGAAGGGCAGUUAAGAGGCGUACAGCCCCUCUUGUCAACAGACUCUCCCAUCCCUUCUCUGGAAAACCUGAGGGCCAUAUUGGAUAAGGCACUAACAAACUGUGGGGACCAUGCCUUAAAGCAACUUCAUUAUUUACGACCAGUAGUUGUUCUUGAAAGAUCUAAGUUUUCCACGUCCCUCAUAGACUUCUUUCCAACAAAAAAACCAGAUCAUCUUUGUGUGGGAAGUUCAUAAUUGUUUGUGUUUUAUUUAAAAGUAAUAGAGACUGCCUCCACUACUGCUGUAUGGGGAAAAUUCUUAAUUUGGUUCUUUGCAACUGUUGCUAAGGUUAGUUUAGACUGUUCAGUCCUAUGAAUGUAUGGAGUCUGUCUACAGCAGCCUUGGUCUGUUUGUAAUCCCCCAAAGGUUGUACUGCAUCUCCCACCAGCCCUACCCAGAAUGGUCAAUACUGAGGAAUAAUGAGUGUCGCAGUCCAACAAGAUACAGAGGGAUGCAAUUGCCUACUCCAUGGUCUACAGUAUUGGCUAACACAGUUUCCCUGUUAAAUUAAGAGAGAGAGAAUAGAUAUUUUGGUGCUACAUAACAGAAUAUUGAGCGGGGGCUUCCUCUUGCAAAGUAAAUGUGCAUGAUUGUAUAUGAAACAAGUACUUAGGGUACCAAGAUUGGGAUGGGAGGCGGGUGGGAGGAUGAAGAUCUUACUUGACUUGAAUGUGCACCUCAGGGUGCUUUGUGUAACAUAUUGUACACUACAGCAUCUUAUAUUUUUUGAGUUAUGAGUUUCAAUAAAAUGAAUUUUUCACCCAU